AAGCCAGGAAAGAAACAUCUCUGGGGAAAAAAAGAAAGACGACGUACGGAGCUGCGGCUUAUGGGCGUCAGCGGCAGCGGUGAUGUUCGCCGUAUGAGAGUGCUAGGCGCUGUGCUUUCUUUGUUCCCUCCUUGGAUAAUAUAAUCGUAGUAAUUCCUGCACAAUGUCCGGAUUACCGAGGAGAAUCAUCAAGGAAACGCAGCGCCUCAUGGCCGAACCUGUGCCGGGCAUUAGUGCAAUUCCGGACGAACAGAACGCGAGGUAUUUUCACGUUGUCGUAGCCGGUCCCGAAGGGUCGCCGUUUGAAGGAGGAGUGUUUAAAUUGGAACUGUUUCUUCCCGAAGAGUACCCGAUGCUUGCUCCCAAAGUGCGCUUCAUGACAAAGAUCUACCACCCCAACAUAGACAAGCUAGGUCGUAUAUGUCUGGACAUUCUCAAAGACAAGUGGAGCCCGGCGCUGCAGAUCCGCACGGUGCUGUUGUCCAUCCAAGCUCUGCUCAGUGCCCCUAACCCCGACGACCCCUUGGCAAACGACGUGGCCGAGCAGUGGAAGGUCAACGAGGCAGAAGCCAUCAGAACAGCGAGAGAAUGGACAAGGCAAUACGCAAUGGACGUCUGAGGCAUAGCAAGAGGGAGGUGGCAAUGGCUAACGGCGACAAUGCUUUUGAGGAAGUGUUUUUUUCUUAAAAACAGCAAGCUUGAGAGGAACUAAGUACACAAGACAACAAGAACCGAAGAAGGAGGAGCAGGAGGACACUGUCGCCGAUGUGGCCCAAAACAUGGCACCCGCUGCGGUGCUGACCGUGGGGCCACGAUUGUGUUUUUCCGCCACGUUUUUUCAUCAUCCAUCGCUCUUCUAGAUGGGGGGGGGGGGGCUUGGCCAGACUGAGCGUGAAACUGGUGCGAGAGGUUUUGGGAAGGGCCGUCGUCGUCGUCAUCGGCGUGUCUCCGUUUCCGAGCUCGUCGUCUUUUGUCAAUUUUGUCUCCCUUUUUUUUUCUGUCUCUCUGCCUUAUUGAAAUCCUGCUUGCUUUCCCUUUCCAACAGUAUCUGCCUUUUCUUUAACCUUUUUUUUUUCUUUGCCCCGAAUUGCCGGUGUUUCGGUGAAACUGUGAAUACCGUCGUGGCCUUGUAAAUAAUUGCUCCCCCUCUUUUUCAAGUUAUUUUCUCAAAUGACGGGUGAUGAUGAUGAUGAUUGUGGUACUAGUGAUUGAAAAUGUGACUUAACGAUUGCCACUGCGACUGCCCUCAAUGCUGCAUCCCCCCCUGCCUUGAUGGAUGAUGAUGAUGCCACGCCUUGCUUGUAUCUCCUCUUCCUCAGAAGUCCCCCCUCCCGGCUCGUGCUUACUUUUUUUUUGCCUUCCUGUCUUGUGUUUGUGAUUCAGUUGAGACACGGAUGACGACAGACGCCCAACUCUUCUCUGGAUUACGACAACAGUGUGUGCAUGUGUGCAGUUGGGUUUUGUUUUCAUUUUUUUGCGACUUUUUUUUUCUGGGGGGGGGGAAUUGGGAGGGGGGGUCUUGGAGGGUGUAUGGAGCUAUACAUGAAAUGUGCACUUAGGAAACCAUUAUUAUGAAUUUUUCCUUUUCAAAGGUCUUGUACAAAGUCUCAAAAUAAAUUUUUUUUUCUUUUUAAA